AUGAUAUCAAAGGCUAGGAUUAAUGUGGAGGAUCAUGCUAAUGUUCAAUUUCGGAGCACUAACCAACCGGACUUGUGCCUUGAGAAGGGCAAAGCAGUGGCAUCUAUAGUGCUUGACAUUAAAACUAUGGAGACUAAUAAAAAGAGAGUUGCAGAUAAUCAAUUGGUACUUGUUACUGAGAUUGAAAGGAAUCCUCAGGUUGACUCUCAAGUCACAGAAAUCAUAGUCAAUCAAAUUGCCUCCCCCCAACAGGAUGUUGGGAGGAUUACAUCUAAGAACAAAUUUACGGACCUGAAUCUAGAGGGAGGGAAAAUUGUCGUGGACUUAGGCUCUAAAGCUCAAGCUAGUACCUCAAUCUACAAUGAGGGGACUAAGGAGAAGGAAAAAACAAAUGGAAGCAAACAUCCAUUGGGAAUGAAAGAAAGAGAGGCAAGAGAAGCUUUAAUGAGAUGCCAUAGAGAGCUAGACACUAACCCAGUUGAAACCGCUUGGAGACAAGAAGAAAUACAGCUCCUGAAGGACUAUACUCAAGCUGCCAAAGAUGAAGAAAUUUUUUGCAAGAAGAAAUCUAGAGUCCAAUGGCUCAAAGAAGGUGAUAGGAAUACAUCUUAUUUUUUCAAGACAAUGAAUAGCAAAAGAAAUAGGAAAAAUUUGUUUACUAUUGAUAGGGCGGAUGGAUCAAAGGCUGAGGGUGAACAAGCUGUGAAGGAAGAAGCUGUUAAUUAUUAUGUCAACUUAUUAGACCAAGCAAGACAUGUUGUCCCUGUUCAUGAGAGAAGAGCAGGUGCUGAUUCUGCUUCUACACAUGGCUUGCUGGUGCUGUUUUUAUUGGUGCAAAUGACUUUCUGGUGCUGUUUUUUUGGGCUUGUUGGUGCUGAUUUUUUGGUGCAUAUGGCUUGCGUGGUCUGCUAUGGUGUGUUGUGCUGGUGCUGA